UUUGCUCGUUUUCUUAUUUUUGGGAUUCAAUGCUCCGUCUGCGAAUUCCAAUUAUCUGCCUUAUCCUUCAUAAAAUUUUGUGAAAGGAAUUUUUUGUAGACAUAUGUUGAGGUUUAAACUUGCAGAAAAAUCCUUAGAUCAUGUCUCUUUGCCUUGAAUUAUUUCUUUCUCUCUCUCUCUCACGGAAAAUUAUUGGGUUCGGAUACCGAACGACGUUCGGAGCCGAAUGAAAAGGUGUCACAUCAUCUUUUAUACAUAUCAUCAGCACAAGCAGCUAUAAAAGGAGCAAAACAUCAGGAUACAACAGCUUCAGAAAAACAAGUAACAGAUAUGACCACUGAAGAACAAAAAGAGAAGCCCAUCCUCGAAAUCACUGCUUCCACACCUCCAAUAUUGAGCGUAUUGUCCAUCACAAAACCCUCCACUAUCCUCAUCAUGUCAAGCUUCCACGCCGGCUACUUUCGCAUCAGCCUCUCCCUCUGCAGCCAAUCCCUCCUAUGGAAAACACUGAGUUCACCUUCGACCGACCCCCACGCCCUCCGCCCUCUCCUAACCGCACUCCAUUCCUUCACCUUCUUCCUCCUCUGGUCCCUCUCACUUCUCUCCCUCCUCCUCCUCUCCAUCCUCUUCCUCAUUCGCUGCCUCCUCCGUCCCCAUUCCCUCCGAGUUGAACUCUCCCAUCCCAUCGGCAUGAACUACCUCUUCGCCCCCUUUGCUUCCUCCCUCCUCCUCCUCCAAUCCACCCCUUUCCUCUCCCCAAACUCCACCACUUACCGAAUCUUCUGCUCCCUCCUUUCUCUUCCCAUCCUCUUCCUCGACGUCAAGAUCUACGGCCGCUGGCUUACUCAUGGAAAGAACUUCUUAUCACUAGCGGCCAAUCCUACAAGCCACGUCAGUGUUAUUGGGAACUUCGUUGGUGCACGAGCGGCCGCGCAGAUGGGUUGGAAGGAGGCGGCCACGUGUUUGUUCGCGCUUGGGAUUGCGCACUACCUUGUCCUAUUCGUCACACUAUACCAGCGGGUUGGGGGCGGUAAUGCUCUGCCUGCGAUGCUGCGACCGGCAUUCUUUCUCUUCUUCGCUGCGCCGAGCAUGGCUAGUCUUGCCUGGGAUUCCAUUUCUGGGGACUUCAAUCUCUCGUGCAAGAUGCUGUUUUUCCUCUCUCUCUUCCUAUUUGCUUCUUUGGUGAGUAAUUUAUUUUGUUGCUUUUACUUUGCUUCCUUAGUGGCUUUUCUGUCGCAAACAAAAUUUAAUUAGGAUUUAAAACUGCUUUAA